CUCCGUUCCCAGAGAAGUUUAGAGCGUCGGCCUUGCCCUGCCCGCCCUUCGGUGGACGCCCGCUGCCAUGGCGACGCUGCUGUGUCGGGCUCUGCUCCCCCUUCGUCCGCUCUCCAGCAGUACCCGGCCGGCUGCAGAUGUGCCCUUCCGGGCCAGGAGCCAUGGCGCCAGCCGGCUCUACCCGGACCACAUCCCCACCUCCCCGCUGCAGAAGGCGCUGCUCGCCGCGGGCUCGGCGGGAAUGGCGCUCUACGACCCGUACCGCCACGACAUGAUUGCAGUUCUUGGGGAGACCACAGGAUGCUGGACCCUGAAGGUCCUCAGGGACCAGAUGAGGAAGGAUCCAGAGGGUGCCCAGAUUCUACAAGAGCGUCCCAGGAUCUCACUGUCCACCCUGGACCUGGGCAAGCUCCAGAGCCUCCCUGAAGGCUCAUUUGGCCGCGAGUAUCUCCGUUUCCUGGAUGUGAAUAGGGUCUCCCCAGACACCCGAGCACCCACCCGCUUCGUGGAUGACGAAGAGCUAGCCUAUGUGAUCCAGCGUUACCGGGAGGUGCACGACAUGCUUCACACCCUCUUGGGGAUGCCUACCAACAUCCUGGGGGAAAUCGUGGUGAAAUGGUUUGAGGCUGUGCAGACUCGUCUCCCCAUGUGCAUCCUGGGUGCACUCUUUGGACCAGUCCGUCUCAGUGCUCAGAGCCUGCAGGUGCUAGUCUCGGAGCUGAUCCCGUGGGCAGUUGAGAAUGGGCGCAGGGCCCCUUGCGUCCUCAACCUGUACUACGAGCAGCGCUGGGAGCAGUCCCUGAGUGCCCUGCGAGAGGAACUGGGCAUCACAGCGCCGCCUCUGUGUGUCCGGGGCCGGGCCUAGUCUGAGCUGCUGCAACAAGGGUGCUGGUUUGCCUCCCCACCCACUGCCUCCAGGGACAGAAGACACCUUUGCCACUACCUUUGCUCCUUCUUUUUGAACACUGACUGACCUUUGGAUGUUAUUUAUAGUUGUCAUAAUCAUUGCUGUGUGUCCUUGAGGGCCAGUCCAGGAGGGAGCAAGCAUGGCACUGGGCCUCCAAGCUGCCUAAGGAGAGCCACAUUUUCUCAAGGACUGGCCAUCUAGGAUUAGGUGGAAUAUCUCAGGUCCAUGGCCUGUUUGGGACUCCUCCCUGCCAACCAGGGCUUUCUGAGGCCCAGGCAGGUGUCCUCACAGGAGUGAGAGCAACACUCAACUCCAAAGGUCUGAGAGGCGGAGUGGAGGCAAGUCAGCCACCUGAAUAAAGGCUCUCAUCAGGCCAA